GGAAUUAAGGGGAGAACUCAGGAAAGUGAUGAGUGAGUGAGAUCGAUUCAUUCAAAUUCAAUUCAUGCAAAGAGGCUAUGAUGAGAAUGACCCACGAAGACCCAAUUCGCACGUGUCAAAUAGGAAUUGAAAGCAUGUGGUAUUGACAGUUCCAACGUAGAGGGAUGACGUGGGAGAACAACCAAACACUGCCGCUUUAAUUUCACCUUUGGAAAUCUGCAUUCCUCAUUUCCUCAUACAUAAAUAUCCCUCCUUCACUCCUUCCCUUUUCUCCUUAACAAGACCCUUCAUUUCUCUACCUCUUCUUUAAAAUUUAUAACACUGUCUCAAUUGAUUUUUAUUUUAUUUUUAUAUAUAACCUUUUGGAUACUACCAACUAGUACUAAUUAAACUAGAGAUCGAUGAUGAAGGGUAUAUGCAAUGUAGUGCAAGGUUUGAAGCCUGCGUUGUUGAUGGUGUUGGUGCAGAUAGCAUUUGCUGGUGUCAAUGUUCUCUACAAGCUUGCCGUUAACAAUGGCAUGAGUUUGAGGGUGGUUGUUGCCUACCGCUUUAUCUUCGCAACUGCUUUCAUAGCUCCUCUUGCUUUCAUUCUUGAAAGGAAGAAGAGGACAAAGAUGACUUGGACAAUACUGUUUCAAUCAUUUCUCUGCGGUUUGUUUGGAGGAUCAUUAGCUCAAAACUUCUACUUAGAGGCUUUGGCUUUAACAUCAGCGACAUUUGCAUCGGCCAUGUCCAACCUAGUACCAGCCAUAACCUUUAUCAUGGCCGUUUCCUUCGGUUUGGAAAAAUUAAAUUUGAGAACGGCAGCAGGGAAGGCUAAGAUAGUAGGCACAUUAACUGGAAUUGGCGGGGCAAUGGUACUCACUUUUGUUAAAGGCAUUGAUAUCAAAAUGGGUUCCUUUCACAUUAACCUUUUACAUUAUCCUAACGGGGCACAACACUCACAAGCUAGCACCACCGGUGGUAAGACUCUCUUGGGUUCCCUAUGUGCCCUGGCUAGUGGCAUCUCUUAUGCACUCUGGCUUAUUAUUCAGACAAAGAUGAGUGAAAAAUACCCAACUCAUUACUCAAGCACCGCGUUGAUGUCAUUUUGGGGGUCAAUCAUAUCUGUUGUGUUUGCUCUUUGUGUUGAGAGGGAUUGGAGUCAGUGGAGGUUAGGUUGGAAUGUUAGGCUUCUAACGGUUGCUUAUUCGGGUAUGGUGGUCUCUGGAGCAAUGGUGGUUGUGAUUUCAUGGUGUGUACGGAUGAGAGGCCCUUUAUUCGUCUCAGUUUUUAGCCCUCUAAUGCUAGUCAUGGUCGUCAUUGCUGGUUCUACCAUGUUGAAUGAGCAGCUACACCUUGGAUGCAUCAUUGGAGCAGUGUUGAUUGUUUGUGGCUUAUACGCAGUAUUAUGGGGGAAAAGCGAAGAGAUGAAGAAAAGGAAUCAAUUAGUGCCGACGACGCAAAGUCCCCACCAUGAAUCCAAUGAUGCAGUGGAAAUAGUGGUCAGGUCUGGAGUAGUAGAAGAUAAAAGCAAUCUUAGUAGCCAAGAUAAUGGUGUGCAAGUUGUUAGGGAUAAUGAAGAUUCACCAGAUGGACAAGAUAAAAGUUCACAUGCACACAACACAAUCAGGGAAUACUAGCAGGAGAAGAAGAAAAAAUUUCUCAUAAUUGAUGUCUAAUACUCAAUUAACAGUCUAACUUCUAGUGAUAUAUAGUGAUAUAGCACAAUGGAUAAAACGCCAUCAUCUUUUUCAAAUCGAACAAACAUGCUGCUGUUUUUAUUUUAAACUUUGAAAUACAAACUCGCUAAAAAAACAGAAUCUUGAAACAACAAUGUGAGUAUUGAAUUGCAAUCGGGUAAAUGGUCACAUUGGUCCCUGGAUGUUCGCACUGACUUCAGAAUCGUCCCUGGAUGAAUUUUAUUAGGCUUGCGGUCCCCAGAUGUGGAAAAAAAUAGUCAUAUUAGUCCCUAACGUUAAAAUCCCCUAACGUCCG